UUAAACCAUGUCUCUCCGAGAAAAGAUUACCACUCUUAUUUCCAAUUACGUUCUCUUCCAUAUCGUCGCGCUGUACUUCUACUUGAUAAGAAAUCCCAACACUCAAGAAUAUUUUGAAUCCAAUGGAAUCCUUUACCUCGGCGACGUCUCGAUCGACUACGCGAAAGACUUUAUCAACGGAAUCUCAUCCACGAGAUACUGGAUGAAAGUGUAUUUACAAUCGAGUAAAACAGGCGAAAGCCGACUUCGCCGGGUGCGGAAUUGCUGGGCAUAACUUCAUCAUAGCGAGGAAACCAUCCUUCAUAAAAUCAAUUCUGGUAAAGGACGCCUCCAAAUUUGACAGGCCUCAUACAUUGCUCAGUUUAAAAGGGGAUUACAUCGUGUCAAAAUCGUUAGUCUGGAUGCAAGGCGAGGACUGGAAGAAGACCCGGACAAAAUUCGUAAGUGCCUUUACACCGAGUAAAAUCAAGCAUAAUUUUGACCAGGUUAAUCAACUUGGGAAGGAUUUGGUACAAUUUUUGAUCCGAGAGUUAGAUAAGGAUUCAGAAACGGGGAUCGAUUUCAGAAUUGCCGCGCAAAAGUAUACGCUCGAUGUGGCGGGAUCCGUCACAUCCGUCCGUUAAAUUUGGAGACGGCAUCCCUUCAGACGUGCGGACCUUCUCGAUUUGAACAACUCUCGGCAAAAUUUGUCUUUUCAUUUGACAACUUUGGGAAUUGGUGGAAACCCGGGUUCAUUCAGUGGUUUCCUCAAAUUGCGACGUACUUCAAGAUUACAAUCAUUGACAAAGAAGUUACUGAAUUUUAUCGUAACGUCGGACAGAUCGAGAUAAAUAAUUCGAAGGAAAAGAAGGAGGUCAGAGAUAAGAAUGAUUUCGUUGGUCUUGUCCAUUCCACGUGGCAGGAACUGUACGCGAGUCACGUGGUGGAUCGGCCGGAUAAGGAAGAAUGGAUCACGGCCAAUUUGUGCGGCAUGGUUUUACCGGCUUACAAGACGACACAGACGCUGAUAUCAAUGUGCGCGUAUGUUUUGGCGCUGCAUCAAGACGUACAAGACAAGUUAAGGGAAGAGGUGAAUGCCCUAUUCGAAUCGAACGGGGAUGAAUUUAAUUUGGCCGCGGUUAGUCAAAUGACCUAUAUGGAUAUGGUGAUAAAUGAAACUUUGAGGAUGUACUCGCCAAUAGGAGUGGUGGGACGCACGUGCAAAACAAAAUACGCCGUCCCGGACACUACCCUCGUCUUAAAAGCUGGAGAUGUCAUAUUUAUUCCGCUCUACGGUUUACACUAUGAUGAAGAGUACUACCCAAAUCCGGGAGUUUUUGAUCCGGAAAGAUUUUCCGGGGCAAGUAAGAAUUUUACUUUUCUUCCGUUUAGUCAAGGACCCAGGAAUUGCAUUGGAAUGCGGAUGGGAAUGCUGGAAACCAAGAUUGCUUUGUGCCACGUCCUGAGAAAUUUUAAACUUACCCCGUCCUCAGAUACGCUCAUUCCCAUGAAGUUCGUUAACACGCAAUUUCCAGGAAUGGAUCCGGAGUAGGUGGUCCUAAACUUCACUUAAAUUUAGUGGUUAUGUGUGCAUCACAAGAAAACUUGCAAUUAAUACUUAUAUGAAAUUUUUUAAAAAGUUUAUGCAUAUCGUGAAUUUAAAUAUUACGAAAUGCAUACUUCUACAGAAACCUAAAAGUGGUUUAAAUUUAAAUUCGUCAUUACCACAUGAUUAGUCUUUCGCAUUAAUUAAAUUAAAUACUUCAGAAUGUGACCUAAAUUUUAAACAUCAUAAAUUUGACUUAAUUCCAUAAAUUUGACGAGUUUCUUGUACAUAUUCCAGAAUUAUUCGAGCAGGUCACCUCAUUUGCAUGAAUUUUAGAGAGAUGCGCCCGCUCAUUUGAGCUAAUUACAAAGAGAGAUGUAUAGAGUGUACAAAAACAUUAAAAUCCCGUAUCGCUUAACAUGGGCGUAGUUAAAUGUGUGCAAAUGAAGUUACCAAAAUAUACGUACCUAUGUACAUAAGUAAAUAUGUACAUCUCUAAUGGAAAUUGGUGUUAAGUUGAGUUGCAUCGAUGUACAUAAUCUAACACGUGACCCAAUUCGAAGGUCGGUACGUGUUUAACAUUUGAGCACAAAUUGCUUAUUUUAGGAAAUGGCUUUAUAUGAAGUGGAAAAACGUCAAUUUCUGUAUGCAUACUCCACUUCAAUUUCAUUACCAUUAUUAUAACAAAUAUGACCAAAAAUCAAUGAACUUUUAUCAGGAUAAUAGAUAGCAUAUUUUGAAAGAGUAAUACAUAUGUACGUCUGGGGACAAGUAGAAAUUUUGUCAAUUUCGUAAAGUCGUAACUCAAUAUGUACAUAUGCAUAUAUUUAGUUGUCCCUUUCUGAAGUUCACAAGAUUUUGACUUGUCCAAAUGCAACUUUUUUAUACGGUGUAUAAAGAAAUACACUUUCAUCAGACAGCUACCUUUUACUUUAAUCAAUUUCUCACCACUUAAUGCCCAUUUCUCACUCACUAACCUCUAAAAUGGAGACGAACAAAGUCUCCCUGCAAAAAUCCCAUCUUAACAAUAUUUUCUUACCUCCAUUAAACGACUUAAUUUCCCUCUCACUCACAAACGUAAACCAAGACACGACCGAAUCUCGACUCGUUUUCACGCUAAAAAACCUAAUUCGCGGAAAUCAAUAUUUUGGGAGUUUCCCCUUCAAAAUUUCCCAUAAAAGAUUGUCUCACAAAUUUAACUCGUUUCCACCCUGGUGGUGCAUAUUUCUCCUUAUCAUUGAAAGUUUUGUUAUCUUUGGCUACAUCAGUAGCAGCGCGGAGCAGCACAAAUCUCUUGAAAUUACACGCGUUACGGAAAAAAUUUCAUUUGCUCUUAGCUACACUUUGACCAUAGUGUAUUCCAUAGUUUGCCGAAUUCAUGGAUUAUUUUUCCACAAGAAAACCUUAACAACUUGGGGUGAACUGUGCAGCGGGAUCGAUAAACUGCAAGGGUCCCGCCAAAUUCUAAACUCUAACCAUUUCUCAACCCUCCGGGGAGACCUGAGAUGCAGUGUUUCCUUAAUAUUUUUCGUAUUUCUUGCUUUCACGGGCUGCAUCAGUGCCGCAUUUUUCACAGUAUUCUUCCCCACUGAAGACCAGCCAGAGAUCUGGUACGGAUUCGUUGUGCAUUUCUCUAUGACGAUAAUUUUUAGUUGGUCAACUUGCGCCAAUUUGAUGUAUAUGGGUUGGCUUAUGGCGCCAAUAAGGGUAACCGAAGGGUUAUUUCUUCAUCUAAAUGAUGCCCUUAACGAAAUAAGUGAAGAGCUUGGUCAUCGAAGUAGCGGAUUUAUUUGUCCUUCCCGCCUCCAAAAUUGGGUGGCGGACUAUACGAAAGUCAAAGAAAUUUUGGAAUCUUGUAAAAAAUCGGGAAACAUAAGUCUUCUCUUGACCGUUGGGUAUGCCUCGGUGCAAAUCACGUGUGAAAGUUACUCUGUGAUUUCCCUCCUGGCUAUGAGAAGCAUUUAUCCCGCGGCGACAAGGACGGUCAAGUUGAUGCUGCAUUUGAUAGCGUUAUAUCAGUUAGCUAAUCAUGCUGGAAAAUUGAGGGAAGUGCAGGGAGUAAUUUAUAGCAAAUUAUGUCAAGUCGAGGUAUUAAUUGGUGGGACGGUUUGGACGCAGGUGAGAGUGGUGAGUACGGAAUUAAUCGUUUUUCUUAAAUUGAAAGGGUUUCAAAUUACAGUAAAAAUAUUUGUAUGUCUAUAAUCGUUUGAAGGACAUCUCCUGCCUGUUGAAACAAAUUGUGAUGGAACCGCUGAAAAUUUCUCCAGGAGGAUUUUUCACAUUGAAUAGGAAAUUAAUAACUUCUGUUUUAUCCGCCAUUACGACUUUCAUCAUUGUUCUCAUCCAAUUUCGUGGAGCGGAAUGAGCCGCAGGUGGAAAUCAAAAUAUGGGUCCAAUUACACCUCGAACAUAUUAUAUCUUAAGACCUUUAAUUUACCUUAAACCUGACACAUCUUAGGUUACAAACUGUUAAAUAAUUAAGUUAAGUACUACAUACAUGAAACAUAAAAUAUGUAUUCCCUAAUUGAGCAAUGAGUAUACAUGUUUCCAAAAAUAUACAUGCAUGUACGUCAA